AUGUGCUGGACUGUGAGUCAGCCAGAGCUCAGCCCUGGCAUCGUCGCAUUAUCCCGCAGCCCAGAGCACAACUUCUCCAAGCCCAACGUCUCCUCGAUCACGCUCCUGGCAGGCCUGGGCGUCGCGGGGGACUGCCACGCCGGCGAAACCGUGCAGCACCGGUCGCGGCUGCACAUCCGCCCGCCCCCCACGAACCUGCGGCAGGUGCAUCUCAUUCCGCUCGCCACACUGCAAGAACGGGGGCUGAAGCCAGGCGAGAUUGGGGAGAACGUGGUCACUGAUGGGUUGGACCUGCUGGAUAUGCCGACGGGGACGAAGUUGCGGUUUACGUUAUCGCCGCCCCCGCCAACGAUAGUUCUGACUGGUGUCAGAAACCCGUGUCCCCAGAUCGAGAAGUUCAGAAAGGGCCUGCAGGAGACUUUCAUAAUGCGCGACGCUGAUCGCAGGAUUGUUCAUCGGCUCGCAGGCGUCAUGGCAGUCGUCGAGGUCGGCGGCGUUGUCAAGCCGGGCAUGAGAAUCGAGGCUGUAAUGCCAUCCACUACUGCAACCGAAGGAGAGAGCGGCUACAAUGGGCCGUUGCAGCCAGUGUAA